AAUACAACGGAUCUGAUCCUCUUAGACUAGACCAGACAAAACCAAAACUGCUGAGUGAAACAGAGUGUUUGCUUUCCUAAAUAUGUUCUUUUUUUUAGCGACUCUCAGAUGAAACCGUCAGAUUUGUCGACGGAGUUUCGCCAUGGAAGCGACAGCAAGAAUCUUCAAUACCUGCGCUCUCAAUCGUCGUCUCCUUCUCACCAAGAUCAAUCCAAACCCAUACUCCCUCUCUCCCAAAUCCACACACCACCUCUGUUUCCCCUCCCCCAAUGCCGUUCUCCGAGAACCCUCAACCUCCUCCGCCGCUCGCAUACGCUGCUGCUCUUCGCUCCCCUCGAAUCCCAACCUCUUCAAAUCCCUCCUCUCCCUCACGUCGAAUCUCCACCUCCAGAACCCCGCCGCUCACGCCAACCCGCUCCGAUCCCAACCCAGCGACGGCGUCGCCGUCUGGAACAGAGCUCCACGGACCGUGAACGGAGAGGGAAACGCGAAUACGUUCGGCGGGGACGGGAAAGAGACGACGGUGGUUCUCCUCGGGUGGUUGGGAGCGAGAGCGAAACACCUGAGGAGGUACGUUGAGUGGUACAACUCCAGGGGAAUUAACGCCGUUACUUUCACCGUCGACGUUAGGGAUUUGGUCAGGCUUGAUCUUGGACGGAGGCUUGAACGGCGGAUAGAUGAGUUUGGUAACGAGUUGGUCAAGUGGGUGUCGGAGAAAGAAGAGGGCGGGAGAGAAAAGUGCUUGGUGUUCCACAGUUUCAGUAACACUGGUUGGCUUGUCUAUGGUACCUUGCUGGAGAGCUUUGUGGGCAGACAAGAGUUAGUAGAAAAGAUUAAGGGUUGUAUCAUUGAUUCAGGAGGAGCAGAUCCUCUAGAUACCAAGAUUUGGGCAGCUGGUUUUACUGCUGCUAUACUGAAGAAACGUAGCUCCACCAUAAACACUGACCCAAACAGUCCUGGAAAAGAAGAAGAUGAGCAAAAGAAGGAACCUCUAGGAAUCGAAAGCAUGAUGCUAUCAUCUCUAGAGAAACUAUUCCCCAUUGUCUUAAACAUCCCAGAGGUCAACAUGAGGCUAACUAGGAUCACUCAGAGACUCUAUGAGAACCACCCUCCAUGCCCUCAGCUUUAUCUUUACAGCUCCGGGGACAAAGUUGUUCCUUCGCAUUCCGUAGAGAUCCGGAUCAAAGAACAGCAGAAGAUUGGGAGAAACGUACAGUCUUUCAAUUUCAAGUCGUCUCCUCAUGUUGAUCACUACCGGAAGUUUCCAGACUUGUACUCCUCGCAGCUUCACAACUUCUUGCAAGAGUGCUUCAAGCCAUCGAAGCAGCUGCAGCAGCAGCAGCGAGCUCUCUGAUUUGGAAGCAUAAAUGUUUUUGUAGCCUGGUUCAUUUCUUUUGUUCUGGCUGAAUGAUCGUGAAAGCUGCAGAUACGGUGAAGCGUUACGAAAUAUAUAAGUGAUUUUGUUUUCUUCGGUCUAAUAUUAAAUGAAAUUAGAUCUAUUUAAUGUUGAA